AUUUUUUUUUAUUAAUUCCACAUUUUGUGAAGCAAUGUAUGUUGCAAUGGCCUUGCAGGACACAUGUUAAGGAUAAAACAUAUAUACCAACAUGGAGCAAUAAAUAUUAUGACUAUUAUUAUGGCAAGAGAGUUAGUCCCUCUGCUGGGCCCUGCACACCUACCGUAUUACUCCACUGUCUACUAUUUGAUAGAUUACACAAUAAUAUCCAGGGUUACGUGAUGGAGACGUUUAAAAGCGGCUACUUCAAGAUCCAUUUGAACAAUAACUACAUAGUUGACGGCAUCACGUGUCUCAGCACAGAGAAGUACUCGUUGGAGAACAUUCAGUACAUAUUCAGUCUGCCUUCCAACGUACUCAACAAUGUGUAUUUACGGUAUACUGUAAGAUUUCAUCUUUAAUUAUAUCAUAAAGAGGUAAACUUUCUGAAUUUCUUUGUCGGGAGUAAUCUUCGGAAAUAGGUGCUGAUCAUGAAAAUUCUUUAACCUACUAGAAGUUACACCAUACGCGGGAUAGUUUAUAAUUACCGAGGGAAAAGUUACGGGAUUACAGCUAGUAUAUAAUAAGCAAUAAUAGAGAAAUGAUCGAUAGUAAAAGAUAAUGUCCGUAA